UUUGUGGAGAGCAUUGAGGUAGCUCUUUAAAAAAAUUUUAAAUUCAAAAUGGAGUGUAGGAAACACUGAAGAAGGGUGAUGUGAGUAUUUAAAAAUAGGGUGAAAAAUUAGAAGCAGGUUCAAGGGAACAUUCAAAUGUAAGGCUAAAGGGAACAUUCUAAAGUAGAGUCUAGAAGUGGGCUAGGGUUCCUCAGAAGUAGUGUGAAGGGGACAUUUAUUAGUAAGCUGAGAGGAACAUUCAAGGGAGGAUAGAGUGAAGUGGACAUUUUAAAGUAGAAUGCAAGGAACAUUCAUUUAAAAAUAUUCUCAAAUCUAUUUUCAGAUUUAUACUUUUUGGAGGUGUUGCAGUCAUUUUCGCUGCACUAAUUACAGUAGCAGUUUUAAUUGUAAUGAUGAGUUCAAAAUGUGAAGAAUUGCCUAAUGGGGUGGGGCUAGUUAUGCCUAAAGAGGAGCAAAUCCCAAAAGUCUAUCCACGCCAAUUGACAGUUCUCACUGGCCAAGAAGCCAUUUUCCAUUGUGAAUUCCCCACAGGACAGGUUGAAUGGAGGCGGCUGGAUCCUCACGGUCUCUUUGCCGAGUUUCCUUCGGGAGUUGAAAAAACAGAAAAUGGACAACUAAAAAUACCUGUAGCGGAUACCAAUCAUCAAGGAGAAUUUGCUUGUCAAGUAAUGGAUGAAAGCAAUACCAAAAAUAUGAACACCCCUCAAGUUGUUCGACUUUAUGUGUUGAAUUCGGCAAUAAAAGAGAAUGAGGGAGAGAAGCCAGCUAUAACUAGUCGAAAUGGACGAGAAGAAUUACCUCCACUAGCCUUAAAGCCUCGUGUAGACUCGUACCUAAUGAUUGCUUCUGCUGGUGAACCAGUUCACUUUAGAUGUUGGAAUUGCCAAUUUGCUGAGUGUAGGACAAGUCAUCGACUUGUUUGGCAAAAAGUUAAUGGCAGCAAAAAUGGAGAAAAUGAAAUAUUAAGCACUAAUGGACCUCUAGCAAUUGAGCGUGAUGUUCAGUCAGUAUUCAUGAUCUUCCAAGAGGUGAGGCAAACUGAUGCUGGCAUUUAUGAGUGUCUGGACCAAGGAACAGGGGCUACCUCCUCCCAAGUUCACCUUCAAGUGGAGCCACCCAGAACACCUGUCAUAAUUCCAAUGAACCAAACAGUCCCCGGCAACACAACAGCCCUAAUUCAAUGCACUGUCCCAGGUCGAACAGAUGCCAAACUUAGCUGGCGUUUAGAAAAUGGAGUUGAAGCGGAGGAGCUAACAGGUGUUAGGGAUGAUGGAAGAGGCCUUUUAAGAAUAGAACAUGUUAGAGCAGAACAUGUACGGCAUGGCUAUGUGUGUUGGGCAAUGUAUCCGAAAAGGGCAGAUAAGCAGGCUUUACAUGCGGGUCCAGCAAAAGUGUAUAUCAUUGGAGGUGAACAGCCACAAGGAUGGGUUAUUGAAGAAGUUCAUUCAACUGAAGAACCCCUAGAAGAAAUUAAGGAAGAAAAGAAGGAGGAAAGGAGCACAAAAGAAAUAAUUCUUGAAGUUCAGACAACCCCGGAAAAUAAAAUAGUGGCUGGAGGGCAAAUUGAAAAUCUUGACGAAGAAGUGGAAAAUAGUACAUCUAAAAAUGCCGUGGAAGAAACCGAGGAAGAGAGGAAUAGAAUUGAAGAUAAGGAAGAGAAGAAUGAUGAAGCAAGCGGAGAGAAGGAUGGGGUUAUCGGGGAAUUGAAGGAGAAGGACGUGGAAAAGAUGGCUGAGAAUAAAGAGGAGAAGAAGAAAGAUGAAGGAAAUGAAGAGAAAAAAGAGGUGGGCGAUGAUGAGAAAAAGGAGGAUGAGAAAGAAGAAAGUUUAAGAGAUAAUAAUGAAGAAAGGGUUAAAGUUGAAGCGGAUGGUGAAGAGAAGAAGGAAGAAAAAGUAAAAGAAAGAAAGGAGGAAGAGGAAGUAAAAGAGGAGAAGAAGGAAGAAAAAGUAAAAGAAGGAAAGGAGGAAGAGGAUGUAAAAGAGGAGAAGAAUGAAGAUGAGGUAAAGAAAGAGGAACAAGAAGAUGAAGUAAAGGAAGAGAAGAAAGGAGAAGAUGUAUUAAAAGAAAAGGAGAAAGAAGAUGAAGUAAAAGAAGCCAAGAAGGAAGAGGAUAAAGAGGAUGAUAAUGAAGCCAGUGAAGCUAUGAAGGAAGAAAUAGACGAGGUUAUUGAUAACGAAAAAGGGAAAGAAAUAGAGGACAAGGCUAUAUUGAAGAAUGAAACUAAUGUUAAGGCGGAUAAAGAUGAGAUCAAGGAAGCAGAAGCAGAUAAAGAGAACGAGGAAUCGAAACGAGUAGAAGAAAAGAAGGAAGAAGCUAAAGAAAAAACAAAAGAGACUGAAGAGGCGAAAAAGGAUGAUAGUGCAGAAGAGAAAAAAGGAGUGGAAGAGAAGCAGGAAGUCGUUGAAGAAAAUAAAAAAGAAAAGAAUGAAGGCGUUGAAGAGAAAAAAGAAGAAGAUAAGAAGAAAGUCGUUGAGGAGAAAAAGGAAGGAGUAGAAGAUGAGAAGGAAAAAAAUGGAAAAAAGGGGAAAGAAGGAGUAGAAGAAACGAAGGAAGAAAUUGAAGGAGAAAAGAAAGGAGUAAUUGAAGAGAAUACGGAAAAAGUAGAAGUGAAGAAGGAAAAUGACAAAGAAGAGAAGAAAGAACAAGUUGUAGAAGAGAAGAAAGAAGUGGAAGAGAAGAAUGAAGGCGUUGAUGAUAAAAGAGAAGAGGAAAAGGAAGGAGUUCAAGAGAAAAAUGAGGAAAUAACUGAUGAUACUUUGAAGGAGACAAAUGAAGAGAAGAUUGAAAAAGUCUCGACUGCCAAUAAGGAAGAGAAAGAGUUAGAGGAGAAAGAAAAGGGGGUUAGUGAAGAAGAGGAAGAAGGAAAGGGAAAGGAGCCAAAUGAAGAGACGGACAGAAAACCCGGGGAGGAAGAGAAAAAGAAGGAUGAUGAAGUAAGUGGAGAAGCAACAAUACAGAUAGAAAGGUUGGUACAUUCAAUAAGCGCCUCUGGAUCGAAGACGAACGAAACUACAAAUAAUGAAGGAAGAGAAGAAAUUGAAGAGAAUGGAGUUGAAGAGAAGGGAGAGACCAAAACAGAAGAAGAUGAAAAUAAUACAGCUUCAUCAAACAAUUUUUGGCUAGUUUUGGAUGCAUUAAUGGGAAUAAUGCCUAUUUAAGUAUUAAAAGUCUCCCAAUAUUUGUGAUUAUUUUUACCUCCAUAAAUACUUUAUUUGUGUAUUAAUUAUGACUGAUUAGGAAAUUAAUUAGAGCUAGGAAUUUGGAAAUAAUAGAAAAUAAGAAAUGGGGGACUCAAAGACGGAAAAAGCAAGCCCGCUUUAUGAGCAAGUCCGCUUCCAUCCUGAAACCUUGAUAAAUCCUAGGAUAAAAGGACAGGGAAAAGGGAGAGCGGUGACAGGAAGAGAGGGAAGAGGGACAAGGAAAAGGGCCAAGGCUUCUAGAAAUAUCUCUAUAAAGCCGCGAACUAAGAAAGGGACAGAAAGGAAGGUAGUGAAUUGAAUAUGGUAAAGCGGAACCAGCUUAAGAACCCAGAUCCCGUUCCUAGCUUUAGUAUAU